AUGACAACUGAAAGCAGCGCACCAUCAGUCAACACUUCUCCAACUGGGUCUAGUACAUCUCCAGACAUCAGUACCAUGAUGACUACUGAAAGCAGCACAACAUCAGUAAACACGUCUCCAACAUUUUCUAGUUCAUCCCCAGAUAUCAGUAUCAUAACGACCACUGAAAGCAGCACACCAUCAGUCAACGCGACUGCAAAAUUGUCUAACAUCAGUACCAUGACGACCACAGAAAGCAGCACACCAUCAGUCAACACGUCUCCAACAUUGUCCAGUAUAUCUCCAUACAUCAAAACCAUGAUGACUGCUGAAAGCAGCACUCCAUCAGUCAACACAUCUCCAACUGUGUCUAACAUCAGUACCAUGAUUACUACUGAAAGCAGCACAUUAUCAGUCAUCACGUCUCCAACUGUGUCUAGUUCAUCACCAUACAUCAAUACCAUGAGGACUGCUAAAAGCAGGACUCCAUCAGUCAACACAUCUCCAACAUUGUCUAGUACAUCUCCAUACAUCAGUGCCAAGAUAACUUCUGAAAGAAGCACACCAUCAGUCAACACGUCUCCAACUGUGUCUAGUACAUCUACAUACAUCAAUACCAUGAUGACCACUGAAAGCAGCACACCAUCAGUCAACACGUCUCCAAUAUUGUCUAACAUCGGUACCAUGAUGACUUCUGAAAGUAGCUCACCAUCAGUCAACACGUCUCAAACAUUGUCUAGUUCAUCUCCAGGCAUCAGUACCAUGAUGACUACUGAAAGCAACACACUAUCAGUCAACACGUCCCCAACAUUUUCUAGUACAUCCCCAGAUAUCAGUACCAUGACGACCACUGAAAGCAGCACACCAUCAGUCAACGCGACUGCAAAAUUGUUUAGUACAUCUCCAGACAUCAGUACCAUGAUGACUACUGAAAGCAGCACUCCAUCAGUCAACACAUCUCCAACUGUGUCUAGUACAUCUCCGGAUAUCAGUACCAUGUUGACUUCUGAAAACAGCACACCACCAGUCAACACGUCUCCAACUGUGUCUAGUACAUCUCAUAAAAUCAGUACCAUGAUGACUACAGAAAGCAGCACACCAUCAGUCAACACGUCUCAAACAAUGUCUAGUACAUGCAUCUCCAGACAUCAUACAUUUCCAGAAAUCAGUACCAUGACGACCACUGAAAGCAGCACACCAUCAGUCAACACGUCUCCAACAUUGUCCAGUACAUCUCAAGUCAUCAGUACCAUGAUGGCUAUUGAAAGCAGCUCACCAUCAGUCAGCACGUCUCCAACUGUGUCUAGUACAUCUCCAGACAUCAGUACUAUGAUUACUACUGAAAGCAGCACAUCAUCAGUCAUCACGUCUCCAACUGUGUCUAGUACAUCACCAUACAUCAAUACCAUGUUGACUGCUGAAAGCAGCACUCCAUCAGUCAACACAUCUCCAACAUUGUCUAGUACAUCUCCAUACAUCAACAUCAAUACCAUGACAACCACUGAAAACAGCACACCAUCAGUUAACACAUCUCCAACUGUGUCUAGUGUAUCUCCAGACAUCAGUACCAUGACGACCAACGAAAACAGCACACCAUCAGUUAACACGUCUCCAACUGUGUCUAACAUCAGUACCAUGACGACCACUGAAAGCAGCACACAAUCAGUCAACUCGUCUCCGACAUGGUUUAGUACAUCCCGUGACAUCAGUACCAUAAUGACUAUUGAAAGCAGCUCACCAUCAGUCAACAAGUAUACAACUGUGUCUAGUACAUCUCAAGACAUCAUUACCAUGAUAACUACUGAAAGCAGCACUCCAUCAGUCAACACAUCUACAACAUUGUCUAGUACAUCUCCAGACAUCAGUACUAUGAUGACUACUGAAAGCAGCACACCAUCAAUCAAUACGUCUCCAAAAUUGACUAGUACAUCUCCAGACAUCAGUACCAUGACGACCACUGAAAACAGCACACCAUCAUUCAACAUGUCUCCAACAUUGUCUAUACAUCUCCAGAUAUCAGUACCAUGA